GCUGCUACGUGCUCCCAUAGCGCGGCCCUCGUCCUCUGUCCCAUCCUCGGCGCAUCCCCUCUCGUCUUCUGACCGCCCUCGAUGCACUCUCCUUAUAGGGACGACCCGCGCGGAUCGACGCAUACCGAGCUGCAGGACUACUAUGAGAACGUACCUCCUGCCCAUCGCUUCCGCGACGAGUCCCCAUACGCAUCAGCUGCGAACCUCAACCCCUCAUCGCAAGACAUUCCUCUCACCCAGCAAGGCUACACCCCACCCCUCGCUGCGGACACCCCCGCCGGCCGAUCCUACAUGCACAACAUCGACCGCGAGUGGGAGGACGGUGAUGCGACGAAGGCCUCGCCCUGGGCAGCCGGGGCCCGCGAGAAGCCAAAUAAAUCGCGACGGUGCUGGAUACUCGCAGGGGUUGCUCUGCUCAUUGCAGGAGCUGUCGCGGGCAUAGUCGCUGGCGUGCUGGUGUCGAGGAACAACAGCAGCUCAUCAAAGUUGAACUUGGCGUCGAACUCGUCCUCGUCGGGAGAUCCCAGCGAUUUCAACAAGGACGAGAAUUUGCAUGUCUCGUUCUACGGGAUUGCAUAUACACCCGCCGGUUCGCAGCUGGACGCCAAUUGUGGCAACUCGCUGGACGAUGUCAUCAAAGACGUCCAACUUCUAUCCCAGAUCACGACCCGCGUCCGCCUAUACGGCGCCGAUUGCAAUCAAUCCGCGCUAGUUCUCGAGGCGAUCCAACAGACGAAGGUCGAUCUCACAGUCUGGCUGGGAAACUACGUCUCUGCCACCGAUGGCGGAGAGGCGUACGAGCGGCAGCGCGACACGAUCAAGGAGGUCAUCCAGACAUAUGGCACGGAUCAUAUUGGCGGCAUCACGGUCGGCAACGAGUUCAUGUUGAACUAUGUGGAAAGCCAGGGUACGGACGACGUAACGGGGACCGUUGGCACCACCGCAGCGGAGAUGCUCAUCACCAACAUCACCGACACUCGCAGCAUGCUGAGCGACAUAGGCGUCGAUUUGUCCGUCGGCACGGCGGACGCGGGGGCGUACUUCAACGAGAAGCUGUUGUCGUCGGUGGACUAUGGGAUGGCCAACGUGCACCCCUGGUUCGGCGACGUCAGCAUCGACGACGCCGCAACCUGGACCUGGCAGUUCUUCCAGACGAACGAUGUCAGCAUCUCGGACGAGGUCGACAACAAGCCGCAGAUGUACAUCGCGGAGACCGGGUGGCCGACGAAAUCCUCCAACACCAGCACCGAAACAAAUGGGGCCUCAGAGGCUUCCGAGGCCAACCUCCAAGUCUUCCUCGAUACCUUCGUAUGCCAGGCGAAUGCGAAUGGGACGGAGUACUUCUUUUUCGAGUUCUUUGACGAGGAGUGGAAGGACGAGACGUACGGCGGCGUGGAGGGCUGGUGGGGCUUGUUCAACUCGGAUCGCACCCUCAAGAAUGUUACUAUCCCGGUCUGCAGCUAAACGGGUCCUGCGUUCAAUUAUCUUGUUUGCGUUGGCUACAUUGCGGAUGGCGCUUACCUUGUAGCUUGUAAAAAUCGUGCGAGGGCGCAUGCUAGGCCGUUGAGGCUAGGCGAGGUCGCCCUGAGAUUGGAUACGAAUGGACAAUGCAAUGGACAAUGGUACAACAUGCUGUAUAUAUCGUCGGUUCUAUAAUGCACACAUGGACGCUGGGUACAAAG